AUGUUCAAGAGCUCGCUAGCCACCCACAGCAGCAUUGAUCAUGAUCUGUUUCCAUUGCUGACGGUGCGCAGCUGCGUCAGUGAGGCCGACGAGAGCAAGAAUGGGCCACGCUUCUGCGCUGAGGACAAGAUGACCGGCGGCGCCUACGAGAUUCGGAGUCGCAAACUGGACCUGGAGACGGAGCAGUGUGUCAGCGGCGCCGGUUGCCGCCGCGACAACCGAAACCUCUCACAGAAUGAUCUGUGGGCUAUUAAGCGGCAACAAGACCGCAUCAACGCACUUCUUACUGCCUCUGCUCACUGCGCGGUGCCGCCGUGUGUAACGCUACCAAUAGAUGUGUAUAUUCAGGAGCAGCCGUCCACCGGUAACACCUAUGUGGCAAGCGUGGAUGCGUUCUCUGGGCUCUCACUGGGUGACAUCAUCCGCUCCGGCUGGGGCGUGAUGGAGGAACGAGUGUUUCUGGAGAUUCUCAAUGCCGUGGAGGCAUUCGGCUACGCGAGCGCCAGUCUGCCUCCGCAUGGCAAUCUUAGCUCCGAUGCGAUCAAGCAGUUGCUUAUCGUGCGCGACGGUGCCUCGGAGGCUCGGCAGCCGUCACGUUGGGUUGUGAGUGAUUGGUUGUUGCUGAGCGACGACAGCGUCACCUCAUUUGACCCACAGGCGUUUGUGGCGGACCUGGAGUGGGUGCUGCAUUCCUCCUUUGCCCAGUUGAGCAUCUCAACGACCACGGCGCAGGGGAGCGCCCUCAUGCCGGCGGCUCGUGUAGAGGAGCUCGUUGGUGAGACGGUCGACCGCAUUCGUGCUCAUUUGCUCCAGCAAGACACGGGGGCACAAAGCUCUUUCUCCGCAGACGGCUUGACGCAGCUGCCUGGCACGGGGGCACAACCAGACACGAAGGCCGUCCCCGCACCCGCUGGAGUUUUUUUCUCAGAGGUCGCUAACAACAACGGUUUCAGUACAAUGCCACCCUCUCUCCGAAACGGGGUGGGAGUGGCAAGGAGCUUCGAUACUGGUUGUGACAAGAGUGCCAAGUGGACUUUCAAUACUGCAGAAGGUAGGCUCGAGUCUCCGGCUACUGCAGCGGCAUCGAUGCCUUCAGAGUCUCGCCGUGAAUACAGAAGCCCCGGCGUUACCGCAAUAGACUGCGACACUAUCGCCGCGACCGCCAAUAAUGCGGCUGUACCCUCGCUCAGUACAUCGCUGACCGCCUCGCUGGUGAAUAGCAUGGACCAAAGCUCGUGCCGUGCGGCAGGCAAGCGCGACAGCGCCAACGACGCCUACGGCGCUGCUCGACAGAUGUCUCUUAAAGAUAAGGUAGCCUACCAUCAAGCCGCGCUGCGCAACGAACAGCUUGUGGUGAACAAGCACCGUCGCAAGAACGCCCCACUGCCGCCACGCCCCCAACCGGUGUUGUCGCAGAGACGCAAUGUACGACAGAACCUCUCGCCGAGGGCCUUUGCCGACGAUGCGGAGGUCUACUACGACCCGCCUACGCUGACGUCUCCGAUUGAGGUGAAGCCGAGCGCGUACCUAAUGCAGAGCCGUCGCCCUUUGGCGAGCGGGCGAGGCGCUGGCAGCGCUCGCAAGCAUCAGUCCCCGCACAACGCUCGAACACCCAGCAGCGAAACCCAAACGCCGCGCGAGCCUUCACGAUCGACAGCGACAUCACCACACUCGCAACAGCCGUUGGCGACCUCUGAGUCAUCUCCGUGUCAUGAUCAGGUGCGUGAGCGUCUCUUAGAUGACGUGGUGACGACAGCAGUGCUCAAUCAAUACCGGCGGACGCAGGACCAUCGUCUUCGGCUGGAAGGGGAACGUCGCCGGCGAGAGCAGCGGCAGCAGAUGCUCUCUUUGUCCACCCCGCAUCCCGGCGCUGUCGCUCAAGAGCUUGCCGCUCUGACCCCUUUGGAAGCGCCCUGCACGUCUGUAGCCAACCGUCCUGCCCCUGCCUCCCCUUGUGCAGUAAGGAGGGAGGCCGUAAAUACGGAGAAUCGCCGCCGGGUCACCCCACGAAGUAACACAGCGCAAUCCAGCUCUGCCGCAAACCCGAACCAUGGCAGCAGUGCUGCACCUUCCCGCUGUUGUCCUGUCCUCGCGGUGGCAACCAAUGGCGCAGCGAUGAGCCGCAUUGGCACGGUGAGUGAGAGCCCAGAGCCACGGCCCCCGUCACCGCGUUCGUACCGCAUGUUUCACCCUAUUGUCUGCCAGAAGAAACCUGUCGUAAAGGCCGCGGCUGGUUCGUGGGCGAUACCGCAACGAGAACCUGGCCGCGGAGCAGCAACCACAGCAGUGGUGAGCCGAGCGGCACAGACGGCAGUCAAAACCACGACACCAUCGCGCACCGUCUUGUACGGUAUCCGUCCCGACACGUUAGUCAGGGCAGAGCGACCUGCCACAGUCCAUACAGCCGUGAACGCACGUUCUGCGAGAGCGAGAGAAGAGGUAGCGGUCGCAGUGACGGCCGGCAGGGGCAGUAAUACGAGCCGACAACCUGCUUCAGGUGUCGACCCUCGCCCUGGGCGUAGCUUUGCGGCUGCUGAAAAUGGAGCGACUGGAGCAGUCAGACAGCAGCAACUCUCUGCAAGGAAGAAGGGCACCGCCCAGCUAGCGCAGAGGAGAACUGGGGCAGCAACUACAUCGUCUCUGGUUUCGCCAAGAGCGAAGAUAGCAGAGCAGUCGGCGGCGACGCCUUUUGUGAAGCCGCUGUCUUUGGCAGCCGUUCUUGGGCGCACGGCGUUUUCGCGUGCGGGGCAAACGACGACUAGUGCGCGUGGUCCGCCUCAUGCUCCUCGUUUCGAUGCACGGCAGCAGGUUUCCGCACGGAGAACUGCCACAUCGUUUGGCAUGUUGCCGGGUCUCUCUGACUGCUCUCCUCAGCGAAGCAUCAGCGGCGCAAAGUUUGAGGUCCCGAGAUCUGCCAACACCGCCCGCCCACCCCCGGCGCAGCAGCACCAUGGCAUAUCACCAUGCGUGUACCGGAGUGUGUCAUCGACAGGGGCUCUCCACUCGCCUCGCAAUGGUGUCGUUAUCACGCCCUGUGGGCAAUCAGCAACAGCAACACUAGCCACCGCACCGCCAUCCUCGUCGCCCAUUCGGGAGCGACCAUGUAGCGCACGGCAAACUGCAACGCAGACGGAAGCCGCCUCGCCGACGGAGCUUCACACAGUGGAGCCACGGCUGCGCAGUGCGGCCAACGUGGGCCCAGCAAAGGGUGUUGCAUCCGUCAAUCGUACCUCAAUGCAGCGCCUCGAGCCGAAGGUCUGGCCAAAACGCUGGACUGGACGUGCCCGCACCCUUAACAUCCAGAAGGCUGAUCUGCCGCUGACUACCGCAAACAAGGAGAGUCUGGCCUCACCGUGCACACCACCACUAUCGGCUGCCACCGCUGGGGAUGCUGCCAUGACAGCGGUACGCCGAGAUACCUUUAAGGAUGCUACGGCUCAAUGCAGUGGGACCGAGGUGGAGACUCGCACGUCUCGCGGCAGGGACACCGGCGGGUCGUCCACGUCGACUGGUGCCCGUCCAACAGCAGCGUCGCAAAAGGGAAUGCAGAAAAAACAAAGCAACACGUGUGGGCCAGUUCUGCACGCUGGCCCUCUGACGCUGGGUAGGGUGCGUCCUGUCAACGAGGCGUCGCCUGGCAUUCUGCUGCGACGUAAUCGCCGCUCCCCUAUGUAA